AAGCAUCAAAAAGUGUCUUAGUGCAGAUUGUAUACAGUUUUGUAGCUUAUGAGCAAUAGGGACACCACUAGUGAGGACGACCGGAUCUUGCGAUCGGCUAGACGCCCGAUAGCCCACUUGGCCUUAGGACCAGAGGGUGACAGAUUUCUGUUCCGCCAGCUUAGGGAGAGGCAGCAGCAGCAGACGAGAGCUAGGGCAGCAGAGGCCAACAGGGCAUUCACAAGUGAAGCCACAACUUUCGCAGUCAUGGCAACUUCUGCGCAGCAAAGUUCCCAGGCUAGCAGUUCAGGGACCGUAGGGUCAACGGUCGCGCAGACCAUGAGUCAGUCCACUGGCGUAAUGGCAAGCCAGCCAUUAGUGUUGACUCCCGAGGAAGUCACCAUACAACGAGCCGCUGAUCGCGAGGCACAACUACAAAAGGCUUUAGGAGAGAUUAAGGUCGAAAAAGAAAGAAUGAUUAGAAGAAGAGUCAGGUUGCAGCGGCGACAAGCGGACAUUGGGGAUAAGAGGGGCAAAGACCUCGACACUUGGUUGAGGGCAGUGCUGGUCUACGUCAAGUGCAAACUUACCUUGUCGCACGAGGAAGUGCUUGUGGCUGCCUCCUAUUUAGACGGGAGUGUAGCAAGAUGGUUGAGUGGUUUAGUGCAGCUCCAGGGGUACGGUCAUGACUUUCACGCUUGGGCAGGCACCCAGAAAUUGGAUGACUUCCUCAAGUUGGUGGAAGACAGGUGGCAUGAUCCGCAGGAGGCCCAAAAGGCUACUGACGCGAUCCUAACAUUGCACAUGAGGCAGUUUAAGUCAGUGAGAGAGGUCACUGACGCUGUAGAGCGUCUGAUCUAUGUCCCUGGGGUUCGCUAUGACCCCCAGGUUUUACUCACCUCCUACCUGAGAUGCUUCCCUAUGCCUCUCAGGAACCAGUUGGCAGGUGAGGCCAACAUCAACAUGCACAACUUCCCGUCGUUUAGCAAGAAGGCCCUAGACCUGGAAGCAAAGAUAGGGCAUGGUCAGACACCCACGACGGAUGGUAGGAAAAAGACACUGCCUCCCAACUGGAAAGUGAAGAGACGCAUUAUGUUCGUCAGCAACGAUGGUUCUACAAUCGAGUUGGACGACGAGUUCCAAGCAGCAGCAGGUUCAGAGGCGGGCAGCGUAGAAGCUUCAGGGGGUGGAGUAGUCGCCGCCGUAGCCCAGAAAGGUAAGGCGACCAGUAGACGCCGUGGAGGUUCCCGGUCUAGAGGUCAAGUUGACCCCGAUGCUCCUCCAUGGGAGAAAGCGGGUCUUAGUGAGGACGUGUGGAGAGACCGGUACACCCGGCAAGCUUGCAUUCGUUGUGGCCAAUAUGGCCAUAACCAAUUCAAGUGUCGUAACAGAAAGGUGACCGAGAAGAUCCCGCCUACGAUGGGGCAGGCGUUGGGAUCCUCCGCUCCCGUUGGUAGCAAUGAGGGGAAGAAGUUGAGACCAGUAGAGUACAUGUCCAAAAAGAUGCCCUCUAAGAAGUUGGCUAAGUCCACCUAUGAGAAGGAGCUCUAUGAGAUCUACAAGGCGCUCACCCAUUGGAGGCACUAUCUCCUUGGGAGAUUCUUCUAUGUCAGGACUGAUCAUCAGACCCUGAAGUGGAUGAGAACCCAGCCUGUGCUCUCCGACGCUAUGAAGCGUUGGAUUGAAGUCAUAGAGCAGUAUGACUUUGAGCCCCAGUACAUCAAGGGCGAGUACAACAAGGUUGUUGACACGCUGUCGCGUAGACCAGAUUUCUCCGGUGCGCUGAUCACAGAGUUUGGGCUUGCGGACGAUGUUACUCACUCUCUGGUGGAAGCCUACCGCGAGGAUCAGUUUAUGUCCGAGAUCAUUCGCAGACUCGAGGCGAAUGACAAAAUUACUUCUUUCGAGUUUGAGUUGGUCAACGGUCUGCUAUUCCUUGAGAAGGCCUGGAAUAAACGUUUGUGUGUUCCCAAUAGGGAGUUUUUGCGUAGUUUGUUUUUAGGUGAGUGUCAUGAUGCCACCGGAUAUUUUGGCUUCAAGAAGACUGCAGCCAAUCUGCUGCAGCGGUUCUGGUGGCCCAUGAUGAUGAGAGAUGCCAAGCUGUACGUGGAGACUUGUCAGGUCUGUCAAAGAGACAAGCCCUGUACACAGGCCCCUCUUGGGCUCCUCAAGCCCCUUCCGAUACCGGAAAGGCCCGGUGAGAGCCUGUCCAUGGACUUCAUGGACACACUGGUCACCAGCAAGAGUGGAAUGAGACACAUCUUUGUCAUUGGGGAUAGGUUUAGUAAGUAUGCCAGGUUAGUUGCAAUGUCUGAAACAACAAAGACUGAGUACGUCAUUAGACUAUUGAAGGAGAACUGGGUCAGAGAUUUUGGAUUACCAAAGUCUAUCGUGAGUGACCGAGAUGUCAGGUUCACUAGCGAAUUGUGGAAGGCUGCAGCUGCAGAACAGGGGACACAGCUGCAGAUGACCUCUGGGAACCACCCAGAGGCCAACGGCCAAGCAGAGCAGCUGAAUCGCGUUGUACAACACCUGCUGCGGCAUUACAUCAAGCCCAACCAGGUGGACUGGGAUGAGAAGCUUGCUCUCAUCACCAGUUUGUGCAACAACGUUGUGCACAACGCCACAGGGGUGAGCCCUAACAGUCUACCACUAACUUUCAAGCCUAGACUGCCCCUGGACUUUCUAUUACCUGAGAACCAGCAAACUGCUGCACCGGGUACACUAGAAUUUGCUUAUCGAGAUUAACAAAUGGUGCAGCAGGCAGUGGAACAAAUGCAGAAAGCACAG